CCGUGUGUGGUUCGUCAGUUCCUCAGGUACGAAGCCGAAGCCGAGUUAUUCGCUUCUUAUUUUUCUUCUCUUUUUUUCUUUUCGUUUCUCUUCUUUCCUUUCCUUUUUUCCCUUUUCUUUUUCCGCCAGACUUCCAGCUGUGUGGAGUAGGUAAGGUGGGCAGGGCAAUCGCCGGGGGAAACACAACCGCCCCGUCCCCUCGACAUGGCAAUCGCCGGGGAAACACAACCGCCCCGUCCCCUCGACAUGGCAGUUUUCUCCAGCUGACUCGUCUAGCUUCUAGGAACACACACGAACGCAUUUGGUCGGCACAUCCGUCACGUUGGAAAUUUGAGCAUCCGACCAUGGUAUGAAAGUCGGUCCUUACUUGGGUAUUGUCGACAAUCUAGUACAAGGAUGGAACUCAAAGGUUUUAUCCGACGUCCUCCCCACGAAUUCUGUCAUCGUUCAGACAACUGCUGCUGCUUCUUAUUGUUCCUCUUCCUCUUUUUAUUCUUCUUCUGGUCCUUCCUUCAAAUUCCUCACACGCCGUUCGUUCGCUCAUUCGUUCUCCCGUUCACCUUCCAGUCAAUAUACCUGGUAUCGCCAGCCAUCGACGCAGCAUCCGUCAACACACUCCCUUCGUUACGUGCCUUAUACCGCCCACUCUCCUCCCGUCCACGGAAUCUACAGCUAUUUGUCCCACUUCCCCGAGUUCGAACCAUGCAGCGAAACCGAGAAGACGAAGACGCUAUGCGCUGGGGCCGGCAGCAGCAGCAGCAGCAACAACACCAGCAACACCAGCAACACCAGCACUUGGGAUCCGGCGGUCAUCACCGCUACUACGGCGACGAAGACUACUUCAAACGGUUUGGAGGCUACCUAACGGGCGGCGACCACGGUCACCACGCCAUGGCGAUGGCAACUCAACAAUAUGAAUAUCAGCUCAUACCGUAUGCGCUCCAGGUUCCCAUGGAGCGCUUCCUCAACUCAAACACCUCUGCCGACGACAUCUCGGGAAGCUACCAGCAACUGCAACUAGAAAUUCAGCCGCACACACUACCACAACCUCAACUUCCCUUCCGGGCGCAACCGCCGAUGCCGCUGCCGACGCCGACGUGGGACGUUGACCAUAGCGUCUUGCCUAACCGAUCGCCAGUCCAACCGACCCCUUCCUUCCCGCCAUACCGCUUGACACGGCCGACCUCGCAGCCAAGCGAAGCCGACUCCGAGAGCCAAUUCACCCGGUCCGAUCGUGAUUCGUUGCCGCACACGCCGAUCGACUGCGACAGCGGUCAAUACCGUGACGGAUGGAGAAACAGGCCGAGCGCUAUGCCCGCGUGCGACCCAUCGCUCCUCGACGCUUACAACUCGACGCCGAGCACUUCGCCGUCCAUCGCGAACCAUCCCUAUGCUUCUUCUCAGGCUCACGGGAAGAAACAAAACUCUUCGCAGUCGCUCCGAAGCUCCGAAACCAAAAACUUCGCCUGCCCCGAGUGUUCCAAAACCUUUACGCAUUCCAAUCAUUUCAAGAAACACCAAGACUCACACAAGGGUAAAUCGAAGCCCUGCUUCCUGUGUUCGGGGGUUUACACACGGCGCGACACACUGCUCCGACACCUCAAGGACCAGCACCACCUCGAUAAAUGCACCGCCAACGAACAGAUCGAUCUGAUGGAGCGGAGGGCGUAACUGCUACCUAUGUGCCUAGUAACCAGUGAGGAACGAGGCCUUUCGCAGCCAACGACAGCGCUUCGACGGGACACGACGGGACACGCGACGAUCAGACGAUGA